CCAGGGUCUUUCUGCAACCACACUGCCAAAGCUCCACAGCAUCUCCAGACCCCACAAAAAUGCAAACCCACAGCGCCCUCCUCUCCACUUCUCAGUACCCCAUUUUCUCUUUUGGUUGCAAUUGUGACGGAUCAAAUUUAUCAUUGUUCCCUUGCAAUUUAAAUCUUGGGGUUGGGAGAGCAAGAAGAAAGCUUAAGGUUUGUCAAACGAGAGCUAGCUUUUGGGAAUCCAUCAGAUCCGGGUUUUUGAAGAAUAAUACAACACAAGUUAUUGAACCACCCUCCACAAACCAAGAAGAGGAAGAACCAUUGCCCGAGGAGUUUGUUCUUGUUGAAAAGACUCUAGCUGACGGAGCAAUUGAACAGAUAAUAUUUUCUUCAGGUGGAGAUGUUGAUGUCUAUGAUCUCCAGGCCUUAUGUGAUAAGGCAUACCUAUCAAUGGCUAUAUUUGUACAAGUUCAUGUUCUUGAAGUUUUUCUGCAACUUUUAGGACAUGAAUCAGGCAUUUCUUUUCAUGAAUUUAUGUUGGUUGAGCUUGUAAAGAACUAUGUGGGCUGGCCCCGAAGGCCUCUAUCAAAACUAUCUGCAGCUUUAAAAAAUAGCUACAUGGUAGCCACAUUGCAUUCCUUAAGGAAAUCACCUGGAGAAGAUGAUGAAUAUACUUGGAAAAGUUAUUUGACAGAGAGGAAUGAGCAAAAGAAGCUUAUUGGCAUGGCCCGUGCUACAUCAGAUCAUGCCUUCAAUGCCACAAUUUGGGAUGUCCUUGUUGAUCCUUCAUAUCAGGGCCAGGGACUUGGAAAGGCCCUCGUUGAAAAGACUAUAAGAGCUCUUCUGCAAAGGGACAUUGGCAAUAUAACACUCUUUGCAGAUAGCCAAGUGGUGGAGUUCUAUCGAAAUUUAGGUUUUGAACCUGACCCAGAGGGCAUCAAAGGUAUGUUCUGGCACCCAAGGUAUUAGUUGCGCUUCGAGCAAGCAUGAGAUACAUUGCUAUAAAAGAAGGUAUCUCCAAUGUUUCUAUUUUACAUGGGGCAUGGGACAGUAGUGAUGGAGGAUCUGCAUCUAAAUCCAUGAAUACACUAAUUUCUAAAUUUGUAUAAUUUUGACCACAUUGAAUUUAGUGCUUCUGAUGAUUUGUCUCUUCUGUUGGGCUUUCAACCCUCUGUAUGACUUCAAAAUCUUUGCCUAAAAGAAAAUGUACAAAAUAAAAUUCUUCA